GCAAAUGAGCGGGAAAAUAAUUUAGACCGGCUGAAGACUGAAAGACCGAAAGAGGGCGACAGCGAGAGCGAAAGUGGCAGAGAAGCAAGCGCUUCAAAUCUCCAUCUAGUUGCUAGAUAAGCUUCGCUUUAUCUCGAUCUGCUCGAUUUAGCUUGGAAUCUAUGGGGAUUGAGAACUAUCAUGUGAUUGAGCUAGUAGGCGAGGGUUCUUUCGGAAAGGUGUAUAAAGGACGACGAAAAUACACUGGAAAGACUGUAGCGUUGAAAUUUAUUCUUAAGCACGGGAAAAGCGAGAAGGAUAUCCAUAAUUUACGGCAGGAGAUUGAGAUUCUCAGAAAGUUGAAACAUGAAAAUAUAAUUGAAAUGCUAGAUGCCUUUGAGAGUCCUCAGGAGUUUUGUGUUGUUACAGAAUUUGCUCAGGGUGAGUUAUUUGAGGUUCUUGAGGAUGAUAAAUGUCUCCCGGAAGAGCAAGUUCAAGCAAUAGCUAAACAGCUUGUACGGGCACUACAUUACUUGCACUCAAACCGCAUUAUCCAUCGGGAUAUGAAACCCCAAAACAUUCUUAUUGGUCCAGGAUCUGUUGUUAAGCUUUGUGAUUUUGGAUUUGCACGUGCAAUGUCAGCAAACACUGUAGUUCUGCGUUCUAUAAAAGGUACACCUCUAUAUAUGGCUCCUGAAUUGGUCCGCGAACAACCAUACAAUCACACAGCGGACUUGUGGUCGCUGGGAGUUAUUUUGUAUGAGCUUUUUGUUGGUCAGCCACCCUUCUAUACAAAUUCAGUUUAUGCACUCAUUCGGCAUAUUGUCAAGGAUCCAGUAAAAUAUCCUGACAAUAUGAGUUCAAAUUUCAAAAGUUUCUUGAAGGGUCUCCUCAACAAGGUACCACAACAUAGAUUGACUUGGCCAACACUGCUCGAACACCCAUUUGUUAAAGAAAGUUCAGAUGAGCUUGAAGCCAGGGAACUACGUGCCGUAGCUGCUGCAGCUAGGGGAUGUGGUGCUGCCUGGAAAGGAGAAGAAUACCAAAAUCCUGAUCUUACAAUGGAAACCCAAGCUUCCAAACCUGAAUGUAAGAGCUUGUCCACCCAUUUGGAGAGUGCUAAAACUCAAAGCGUCUCAGCAGAUGCUCAGGCAGAGGUCCAUUCUCGAACUCUAGAGAAUCAACAAGAGGAUUUAGCCCAUCCAGUUUCUACAGGUGUUCCUCCACCAGAAUGCCAAGUUCUGGAUAAGCUGGAGAAAAGCUCGCGCACUAUGAAAGGUGCCAACUUCAUUGGUCAAGAUAAUGAAGCACUCUCAGCUAUGCUGCUUCCCCUGAAAUCCUGGUCCAAAGGUUCUCCUGUAUCUUUAAGAGAUUUGAAUAUUGGUGCUGUCAACCAGUCAUUCAGAAUUCUCACAAAUUUAAUAGCAGCUGGGAUCCAUCAAUCUUGUGCAGCAUUAGAUGACAUUGUAUGCGUUCUUCUUGAAUUUACGGCUGUAAUUGUGAAAAUGGAGCUAGUUGAGGCCCAUGGCUUGGCAAUAAAGAGUCUUUCAAGUUUAAGGAAACUGCUGGAUAAUAUUGGAAGUGGAAUUGGAAGUUCUAGUAUAAAGCAUUGGCUUGCCCUGAGAGAGCUGUAUUCACAGAUUCUGAUCUCAGCAAAAGAUGCAUCUGGAAGGAUCUAUUAUGAAUCAACUGCGUGCAUUGCUGUCAUGUUAUCUCGAGUUGUUCUGGGGCUCAAGACUUCUUUGAUAGGUGAUGGUCCUGAGAAGGUUGUUGUCCCCUCAUCGACCGAAGAGGUUUUCAUCCAAAUAGUGGAUAGUGCAAGGACAUCUGGGCUCGUUGCAACCAUGUGUGAGUGUCUAAUAAAUUCUGGCUCAAGUCUAAUUUCUGGGUCUUCAAAUAUGGUACCAGCAGCAUGUGAAGCAUGUAAAGUCAUCUGGUACUUUAUUGAAGCAACGGAGAUUAUAUCUGUCAAAGGAAAAACACAAGUGUUUCCCUUAAAAUUUUCGAGGCAGCCUUCUGUGCACCAACCAGAUGACAGGGAAAAUAACCAAGGUCCCCCAACUGAUACAGAAGCAGUUAAAACUAUUGGUAUGAUUGGGAACACAUUCCUUGGAUCAAAAGAAAUGCAGGUUGCCAUCUAUUAUUGCUUUCAUAAUGGGCUAGAAUCUGCUCUUCAUGCUGCUCUUCAGCUUAUCUCAAGGGUAUGCUUAUUGAACUCUAACGUCUGCAACAUACUAUGUGGCCUUCCAAAUUCUUCAACUGGUACUGAUGAAGUAGAGGUAGCUGGAGAUGGAACUAUUGUUUCUGAUAUGUUCUCCUUAUUGCGAUUAUGUGCCCCAUAUUUAACAAAAGAUUCAGGAGAAAUACGCAAUCAGAAGUGCAAAUUGACCAACCCCCGUGCCCUUGUUCUACACUGUUGCCUAUCCUUGGCCACUAUUGCUUAUUGUCUAAAAACCAAUGGACAGUCUUAUGCAACAAACAUUCUUACUAGUUCUCAGGAAAAACAGCGAACUCGGCUUUCAGUCCUUGCACACCUCUCUUCUUGUGAUGGUGGGGUGAAAAACUCCAUUCAACCACACUGUGCAUCAGCAAUGUUGGCUUUGUCAGCAAUUGUAUCCCUUGAAAAUGGAGAGUCUGGCAAGUCUUCAAUCUCUGAAACUGUAUUGGCUAUGUUUCCUCCUAUGGCAACACUCCGUUCCCUUCUCAAGCUUUGGUUAUCUGAGGAACAUCAAUCAAUUUCCAAUCAGACUGGUAUGCUUUUGAACUCACAUGGCUUUAGAGAUGGGUGUGUUGGGUUGCUGGAAGCAAGACUGAAAUGGGGAGGACCUUUAGCCAUUGAACAAGCAUGUUCAAAUGGCAUUCCUCAGCUUCUUAUUUAUAUGUUGGCUGACGGGCUUGAAAAGGACACUUCAGAAGGAAAUGAUGGGACAAAUCAUCGAGUUGGCUUAUCACCGUUAGGAGUCGUUUGGUCACUUGGGUCCUUGUGUAAUUGCCUCUCAGGUGGUAUUUUCCGUGAGGUUUUGUUUCGAAAAGAACACAUGAAGCUCAUAUCUGAAUUGAUAUCUAAAGUACACCUCGAUGCAUUGAGAAAUUGGAGAGGGCUGGGUGGUGGAAGGAGUGGAGUUGCAGAUUUAAUCAAUGCAGUGAUUGAUCUUUGGGCUUUUCCUUUUAUUGCCGUACAGAGCUCUCCUAACAUGCCUUCAGCAUCUGCAUCCAUCAAUAGUGGCUUCCUCUUGAACAUUGGAUCACCAGGUGGGAGAAUGGGUCCAGAAAAUAGGGAAAUGAUUAAAGCAAUUGAAGCAAAUAUGCAUCAAUAUAUUCAAGUCAUUCUAGAUCUCGAGGUUGGAAUUUCUGGUCGCAUCCUUAUAUGUUUGGAUGAAAUUGAUGUGAGUAAUAUGGCUCGGCCCACAGCCUUUGUCGCGAAAAUGGUGGGUUACCGACCCCUGGCUUUGCAGCUUCUUAGAGAAGGUCUUCUAAAUCAAAGCAGAGUAGAAAGACUGUUUGGUGGUUCUACACCAAAAGAAGCUGUGCUUGACUUCCUGAUGAUAAUUUCUGAUCUUGCUCGAAUGUCCAAGGAUUUUUAUAAAGACAUUCACAGGGCAGGUCUUUUAAACUAUCUGAAGGACUUCCUAAGCAGUGAUGACUCUGAUUUGCGUUCUAAAGCUUGCAGUGCCAUUGGAAAUAUGUGCCGGCACAGCCCCUAUUUUUAUACCUCACUUGGAAUGUAUAAGAUCAUUGAUCUCCUCAUUGAUAGAUGUGCUGACCCAGACAAACGCACAAGGAAGUUUGCAUGUUUUGCUAUUGGAAAUGCUGCAUAUCAUAAUGAUGUUCUGUACGAACAACUCAGAAGGUCCAUUCCCUAUCUUACGGAGCGCCUACAUUCAGCAGAGGAAGAUAAAACUAAAGCCAAUGCUGCUGGUGCUCUCAGUAAUUUGGUACGCAACUCCGAUGUCCUAUGUGAAGACAUCAUUUCUCACGGUGCUAUGCAGGCUUUAUUGAAGCUAAUCAGUGACUACUCCGUGGUAGCACUGAGUCCAAGCAGGGGAAAUGCAGUAAAGGAGUCACCUAUCAAGAUAGUUCUCUUUGCUUUGCGUAAGAUGUCUGAGCAUGCUCUUUGUAGACACUCCAUCCGCUCCUCUCAAUUCUUUCCUGUUCUUGCUCAGUUAAAGCGCUCCCCUGAUUCAACCAUUGCUGAGUAUGCCUCCCACAUUAUUAUGAAAGUCAGUGAAGCAUAACCAAUAUCAUGCUAAAAUCAUGCAUGAUAGAUAUUUGGACUUCGUACAACAGUGCUCAUGGUCCUAUUAUUCUAGAGAUAUAUAUCCAAGUCGGACAUUACAUGAGAAGCCUUUGUAUGUAAACAAGACACUCAUAUACCUCCUAUUCUCCUAAGGAUAGUUUUAACACAUCCUCCAAUUUUCCAAAAGGAAAAAGAUGGCGAUGGAGUUUAUAGAAUGAUUCCACAGCAUGCGAUUGCUCAAUCGCCAUCCUCAGGAUGGAGUUUAUAGUUCAUCUGUAAUACAGCUGAUAGUUUAUUUUCUUUCUUAAUGUGAAGCGUGCAGACGCAAUGCAGCUUUUGUCUGCACUCUUCACGAUUGAGUUGCCUUGCGUGCUCAUCACUUCGAAAUUUUUUAUUAAGUGCAGAUACGAUUUGUU